AUGACAGCCUCAACCGCCAAGCCCUCCAAGAGGUCAUCGCCGAAAGCUGUCGAGUUUCCCCCCUUGCUGUCCUCGUCAUCCUCAGCUGCCGCCGCUUCCUCCUCGUCUUCCGCAAAGCCCGUAGCUCACAGGCUCCUCCGCAAAGGCUCCGUCGGCAAGCCGCCUCUCGUUCCCCUCACAGAGGCCCGGCAAUACCAGCACGAGCGAUCUGCAUCCCGCGGCGCCGCAAGGGAGACUGAGUCGGAAAAGUGGGAUGCCAACCCAGACAACGCUUCGGCGGCCCGUGACGGACGCCAGUUCGCCGUUGCCAAUGUGGGGAACCAUGGCCGCAUCUAUUUGAGACCCUCGGUCCGUCGAAACAAUUCUCUAUCGCAGACCCAGCAGACUUUCAACCUGCCCACGACCCCUCCGCAAUCCUUUCAGCUCCCACCAGCAUCCUCGAACCAAAGUCGCAUACACAUCAGGCCUGCCGAUGCCGCUGCCAUGCCAUGGGCCAACGUACCUCAAGACUCUCCCUUCACCGGUAGCAUGGCCAGUCUUCCCAACUCGCGCACGGCCAGCCGCCGGGGCACUCACCGCCGUGCGCUCUCCGACAGCACCAUCCACGAAGUAACGGCUCCCAAGACGGCCGAUUCGGCUGCUGCUCUGGCUGUUCCCAAGACUUCCAUCGACGACGCUCGUCCGCGCACAAUGGACGACCUCUCCGCCACCACGCCGCUCCUCAACAUCAACAUUCCCAACUGGCGCCUCGGCACCCCUCGAUUUACUGUUCGCGGCACUGCCCUGAUACGUGGCUCGUCUUACGCCCCAACGGAGGAUUUGCGCUCAAGCUCUGCCUCGGUGCUCAACUCGCUGCCGCGCAGUCACCAGCCUGCUACAGAGUUUACUUGGAAUAAGCCCACCGGAGUCUUUUUGCCGCCGGAGGAUAUCAUUGCGCAUGCUGCGCCGAAAAGCCCUAGUCCACCUUCAUCUCUGAGGCUGCGGGCUAUGCGAUCCACCUAUUUGUCUACACAUCUCGUCAUUGAACCCGGCAUGUUUACCGAUCUCACCUUUCGCCCUGCAUGUGACGAUCGCCGACUCGUCCGCUAUACUCCUACAACUGGCGCUGUCGCCGCCGCCACACCUCCACGACUCGUUGCCGAAAUCACUUCACCGAGCUUCCUCGACUAUGAACUAAUUUCCGACUUCUUCCUCACCUAUCGAUCUUUUCUGGACUCACUCGAUCUUUUGCGCAUGUUGUUUGCGAGGAUGCGCUGGGCAUUGGCUCGUCAAGACGAAGUUGGCAUGAUUGUUAGGGUCCGCACGUUUGUCGCAACGCGGCAUUGGAUUCUCAAUUAUUUUACAGACGAUUUUCUCCUCAAUUACGACCUCCGAAAAGAAUUUUGCGACUUGCUCAACGGUGUAGUCGACGAUCUCUCCGACAAUGUGCAAACUAGGACCGUGCAACUCAGAGUCAUUGCCGAACUGAAAAAGUGCUGGCGCAGGGUCUGCGCGCAUUACUGGGACGGUCCCAACUUUGACGCCGCCCUCGGUGUUGAAGCUACAGUUAUGCCUGGCGGCAUUGCCGGCCAUAGGGAUCCGACACUGAGUCCGUCAUACUGGCAAGCAGUCGGAGGCGAGCCCCAACUCGCCCAAUCUCUGGUCAAGCACCAGGGUCCUGACGUCGGCUUCUCUACCGACACCAACAAAACUCCCAGGAUUGGUGAUUUCAUCGUUUAUGGCGAUCGGCCCCUGACCCCGGAGAAUAUCGCCAUGGACCUGGCACGUGCGCAGGAGGGCUCGCCUGCUAGCCUGGACAGCAUGGAUGUGGGCUCUUGCGCGUUCCCUGGUAAGACUAUGAAGGGCAUGCCCUCCUAUGCCCAGCAGUGGGCUGCUCAUCCUCACCCAGUGCACGCCACGGUCCAGACACAACAGUACGGGGUUGCCUCGGUUCCUCGAACGCUGGCUCCCAAGAAAGCACGCUCUGGACACGCACACAAGCGCAGCAACAGUGUCAACGACUCUCUCCAAGAGCACCUGUCCGAAAAUGACGUCGAGUUUCCUACCAUCCUGCCAUCCGCCGGAAGUCUCGUUCGUGGCAAUAUUUUCCCUCCUGUUCAAGCCUUUGUCGAUACUUCUGCCCAAGACUGCGGUGGCAUGGCUCAUCGCCAGACGACGGUGUUUACACCUCCGACUCGACGCAUGUUCAAGGACAAGCCAUUCCACGGCGCCAUGUCUGGCAUUGGAAUGAGGAAGCUUCUUGCCAGCGUGAGACGCGCAUUGAGCGCCCGAGGUCAGGUCACUGCCCCUACGCAGGCCAAUUUGACUCGCAUCUCACCCGUAGGACCGCGCGAUGUGGCCUCCAGACUACCAGGUACAGCUGUUGUUCCCCAGGAAGAAGCACAGCACUAUGGUGGUCGACCAGCAGUCCGUAUUGACCUUCUAGGCGCCGAGGUUGCCGAAGACUUCAAAAAGGCGGUGCGCGAGGAGCAGGCAGAGAUUCGCAUACUACCUGGCCCCUCGUCUGCCCCUCUACCGGUAGAGCCGAGUGGUCGCUUCCGUUUUGAUGACCUGCCGCGCAUUGAACACCAGCGCCCAACCAGUGACAUGGGCAUCACAACGGGCAGCAAGUCGAUUGUCAUUGUUGAUGACACGGUCCCGUUUGAAAUGCAUCGCAGUAUGAUGCACCAGCACGCCGAGGGACAGUCCGUCGAAACUCUCACCGACUCGUUUAUGCCUGCCGCUACGGAUCCCACGCCACCAAAUACACCACCCGACGUUGACCGUGGCAUUCCUCGACGAUCUUCCUAUCUCAUCCACCCUCAGUCGACACAAAGCCCCGACGUCCUGCCGCCCUUCAUCCCGGAUCUCGCAACCCUUCAACAAGAUGAUGAUUCUCGAAUGUCGGAAGAAAACGGCAGACCUUCCUUUGCAUCAUCCCGGCACAGUCGACGUUACCCGCCUCUCAGUGGUGGCACCUUUCGAAUGCACCGACGCGCUCGCUCAUCCAAGACACAUCAGUCCCUCAACUCGAUAUUGCACCGUCGUCAUAGCUCCCUUGCUAGCGGCUUGAUGCCUCCGCCUACUAUUCUCAGCUUGGAUGCUGCCACCCUCUCCGACGCUUCUAUGGGCGACUCGGAAGCCGCAGUACCUGAACCUCUCCGUGUACUCCGCCGCCGUCCUGGUGGUGAUUUGCGUGCCGUCACAAAAGUUGGUGACCUUGACCACGAGACUCUUAGAAGGUCGCAAUCUGUCGGGUCUAUUGUCACGUACUCCGACUCUGUCCGUAGUACGAGCUUCUUUGGAGGAGUCCCCGACUCCGACGUUGAUGCUGAAUCCGACUACGGCGAUUACCACGUCGAGCGUCAGGAAGUAUUUUCUGUCGGCCAAUUGACCAAACAGCAGCCCAAGGCAGCGACAAAGCUCUCGCUCUUCAGCACUCAUUCCUCUUCCAAACCGGCAGCGCGACCUUCGUUUGAAGCCGAGGCCCAGCGGCUUGCCCAGAUCCCUGACGAUGAGGACGAUGGCGGCAUUGAAUCGGCGCUGCUCAAGCUCGAAGGCAAAUUCAACCGCGGCUCCAAGGGCAGCGCAGCAGAGGCGGCCGAAGAAGAGGUCGAUAUCGAGAAGCUUGGCCGUGCCCUUCAAUUUCUCGGUGGCGCACCAGCAGGCAGCACAGUUAGCAGACGUCAUCAAGCAUCCGGCAAGUCAAAUGCUUCGAGCGUGGGCCCUGGCACUACCGAGGAUCUGUCAGUGCCACGAAGUGAGGACACGGGUGUACGCUCAUUUCUCUCCGAAGCUUCGAUGGACUCGUAUAACUCAAUUCCACUGCUAGAUAGGGGUUUGACUGAGGACGGUGGUAGCCGGAGAGUCAGCAGGGGCUGGGUAGAGAAGUCCAUUCUCCGUGAUUCAGAGGACCUCACCACAGUUGCCAGCAACGAGCUCCUCAAGACCUCAAGACUGUGCGACGUUGACUUUGAUGACCAAAUCACCGCCUCUGGAGAUCAAGACUACGAUGUGGUGGAAAAGACGGACAGCAUAGAAAGAAUCAUGCCGGGCGAUACGCAGCCAAUGUCUCGCGACCAUCAAUCUUUCCUAGAAGAUGACAGCUACGCCAAUUCCGACAUCUCGUCCGAAAUGUCCACGCAGGAAUCAACGCCAGGACAGACGAUGGACAACUUCCUUCGUCCAAGACGCAAGCUGCCACCCCAUCCUCUGGGCGAGCCUCUAAGAGACUCUAUGCUGCAGCCUGUUUCGCCACCCCUAUCUACACCCCGUCAAGCGGCUUCGCCUACAUUCCAAUCCACCGAGGCCAUGUACGCUUCCCGACCCCUUCCUCCCACCCCCGAGGCCACCCCCACCGCGCCGUGGACGCAGACUCUCCCCGGCUCACAGUCGUCACCCGCUGCACUCGAGAUGCCUCGAUCCGCACCGCACCCCGAGCCUGGCGCUAAGAAGUUCUCCGUGCACCUGCCCUUUAUCCUCGCCUUUGACUCGGACAUUCUCGCGCAACAGUUUACGCUGAUUGAAAAGGACGCGCUGAAUGAGAUUGACUGGAAGGAGCUGAUUGAGAUGAACUGGAAGAAUGCUACUAGCAGUGGUUCUCGUUCGUGGGUGGACUUUUUGAGGAACAGCGACGCGCACGGCGUCGAGGUGGUGAUUGCGCGGUUCAACAUUAUGGUUAAAUGGGCCAUUUCGGAAAUCGUGCUGACGCAGCACGUCGAGGAACGCGCACGCUGCCUCAUCAAGAUGAUUCACAUCGCGGCGCACUGCCGCCGCUACAGAAACUUUGCGACGCUGGCGCAGCUGACCAUUGCGCUGUCGAGCAACGACGUCACGCGGCUGGCCAAGACGUGGGCCAUGGUGCCGGCGCACGACCUGCGCACCUUGGCCGAGCUGGAGGCGCUGGUGACGCCGACGCGCAACUUUCUCAACCUGCGAGCGGAGAUGGAGGUGGGCACGGACACGGGCUGCAUACCCUUUGUGGGCAUCUACACGCACGACCUGCUGUACAAUGCGCAGCGGCCGUCGGAGAUUGCUAGCUCGCCGGACACGCCGCCGCUCGUCAACUUUGAGCGGUGCCGCAUCGCGGCGGCGGUGGUCAAGGUGCUGCUGCGGCUGCUCGAGUCGAGUACGCACUAUGCGUUUCGCCCGAUUGAGGGCAUCACGGAACGGUGUCUGUGGGUGGGUGCGCUCAGCGACGAGGAGAUUCGGAGUCACUCGGAAGCACUGGAGCGCUGA